UUUCAGUGGAGGGCCGAGGCCAUUGUCUGUCACACAGUUCGAGAUUUUUAUUGUAUUUUUCUCCUCAAAAAUAUUAAAUUUUGAUUCAUAAAAUCUAUAUUAUUGUGUUAUUAACAGGAAUUUAGCUGAUCGGGAGUCGAUAUUCUGAGUGAUAUGGAGGGUGAGUGUCCCUACAAGAAGGUCAAGCUGAAUCACGAAGUUGAGAAUGAGAGUGAACUCAGGAAAUUCCGUGUACUGGACGAACUUGGCGAGGCUUCAGAAUCUGAAGAUGAGGGAUCCAAAUCUGAGGGUGAAGAUGAUGAGAGUCAGUCGGAUUUUGAAGAAGAAGACAUUGAGAAUUUACUGGAUGCCGGACUUCCGGAAGAGCUACGUAACAAAAAGAAACAGUGUCAGUAUGAAGAACGCUCCAAAAUUGUGCUGGAAGAGAAGGGUCGCAAUCACUUUGAAGUACUGCCCGAGGGAUGGGUUCAGGUGACGCACAACAGCGGGAUUCCACUGUAUUUGCACAAAGUCUCACGCGUCUGCUGUGCCUCCAGGCCUUAUUUCCUUGGACCAGGAAGUGUUAGGAAACACGAAAUACCACUAAGUGCUGUUCCGUGUUUAAACUACCGGAAAGCGCUGGAUAAAGAGGCUGAAGCCAAGAAUGCAUCAAUUGUUGAGCCAGUUCCUGAGACCAACGGAACAGCUAUGAACGGACACGAACUGCUGCCAUUGCCUAAUGCAAAAAUUGAGACAGUUAAAGAGAAUUUGAAAGCUCAGAGUCUGACAUCGGCUGAAGUGACGGAAUAUUGUCAGAGACUCUUUAAUUUUAAAACGAUCAAAGUGAGAAGAUUCAAGUCUUGGUCAGCUCGGCGAAAGUUCACGAAGAAUAAGAAGCAAAUUAAGAAUCUUCAGAGGCCAACUUUACCAGAUGGCACGAAGUUAAUUACGUUUCCUGUGCUCAAUACCGAAGGUGAAAAUUCAAGUGCUGUCCGGACAAAGAAAGAAUGGAUCAUGAAUCCUAAUGGGAAGAGCUUUGUUUGUAUAUUGCAUGAAUAUGUUCAGCAUGCGUUGAAAAAACAACCGUCGUAUGAAUUUAAGGAAUUGGAGAAUGCAGCAACUCCCUAUUCGGCCACUGUGGCCAUUAAUGGAUUGAAAUAUGGCACGGGUUAUGGGACAAGUAAGAAACAGGCAAAGAGUGAAGCAGCCAGGGAGACCUUAGAGAUUCUCAUUCCACAGAUGAAGGACAAAAUAACGGGAGACAAAGAAGCCAGUAGUUCGAAUUCAAGGAGCAGUUAUCACGAUCUGUCGGUUUUCGAUGAGAUCAAAAUUGAGGAUCCUCGAGUGGCGGAAUUUUGUGCCAAGACUACAGAACCAUCUCCUCAUGCCAUCCUCCUGACGUGCUUACAGCGAAACUUCGGUUUAGGUGAUGUUCAUAUCCAGUACGAGAUCAAUAAUGUCAAUCACAAAAAGAAUGAAUUUAAGAUGAUCGUGGGCAAGCAUACGGCUUCAGUUGUGUGCAAGAACAAGAGAGAUGGCAAGCAGAGAGCGUCUCAAGCGAUACUGCAGAUUCUGCAUCCGCACAUCAAGACCUGGGGCAGUUUGUUGCGUCUCUAUGGCAAUCGCAGCAUUAAGAGUUUCAAAGAGAAGAAACAGGAGGAGCAGGAGAUAACGGUGCUGCAAAGCAAGGCUGCUAUUAAUCAGCCCAAUUAUGCCAUCCUGGACAAACUGAAGCUGGAAAUGACGAAAUUGAUGGAGAGGGAUGAAGCUGUUAAGCCAAUUGGAACAUUUGUUCCACCAACAGACAUUAGUUUACCCACAGCUACAGGAUCCAAUCUCAAGAACGUAGACUUAUAGCUCUAAAAUCCCAAAUUCAAUUCACAAGCUUCCCUUCCAAUCACUUAACUUAAGAAGACAUAUAGGUUCAUAGUUCUAGUCGAUAAUGUCCCAGUGAGGCUGCCUAGCAUGAAAAUUCUACUUCAAAAUUCUAAAUUAUUUUUAAUGCAUCUUAUCGUGAUUUAAUAUUUUUUUCCCAACAAAAAUUGUAAAAUUUCAAAUAAGAAAGUUGUAUUAGCACUCUAAAGAGAAGCAAUAUUGAAUGCUGCAAAAUAUACUAAUAUUAUUUUAUACAUUUAAGAAAGAAAAAAAGGACAAAUUUUAUGAAUGCUUUCAAUCACUUUGAAAAGUGCCUUUGGAAAAGCUUUCCGAGGGUCUUUAGCAAAAAAAUAAAUGAUAACAUCUGUUAA